AUGAUGCUCGAGCUCGGCCAAUUCAAUCUGCGACUGGUUGUGAGUCUUGUCGACUUCCUUAUCGUCGUCCGUGUCAAAGCUUCGCUGAGUGGUGAGGAACUUGUUCAACGUUCCUUAACUGCGGAAGCUGUUGAGGUUGUCGAAAACGCGAUAAAUGAUGGACACAAAAAGAUGGGUGAAAAAAGCGUCGUCAGGAGUCGCUGGAUCAAUGUGAGAAGCAGGCAAUCGAAACUUACCGAAAGCCGCGCUGAUGGCUGUCAGCGGCACAAAGGUUGCAAAGACGCAGCCUUCAAUCCAGGGCUUCUACAAAAGAGCCGGCUUUACAAUGAGGGUAACGAGCUGGAAAGACGGAAUGAGGAAGGAGGCCAGGGCGCUGAUCAAGAUGCGUCGGAGCGUUUCGAGGAAGUUGCGAGAGACGCGCUUAUGCUCACGCCAGCCCCAUCCGAGCUCGUACAGCUCGAAGCAAAAAAGACGGUGCAGUAA